AUGCAAUUGGCAAGCAUCGAACAGGGCCUGCAAGACCUCAAAGCCGGCAAAUUCCUCAUCGUCGUGGACGACGAGGACCGGGAAAACGAAGGCGACGUGGUCAUGCCAGCCGAGUUCAUAACCCCUGAAGCCGUGAAUUUCAUGGUCACCCAUGCCCGGGGACAACUGUGCAUGCCGAUGACCGCGGAUCGGCUGGCCGAGUUGGACAUCCCCAUGCUGCCCAGCCGGCAUUCGGACUCCCCGUUUCCCACUGCCUUUACGAUGCCCGUCGACUACGCCAUCGACACCACCACUGGCAUUUCGGCGCAGGACCGUGCGGCUACCAUUCAGGCGCUCAUCGACCCCGACGCCCGUCCCGAGGAUUUCAUCCAGCCCGGCCACCUCUUCCCGUUGCGUUAUCAAACCGGCGGUGUUCUGAAUCGUCCCGGCCACACGGAGGCCGUCGUCGAUUUGUGUCAGCUGGCCGGCGCGUAUCCUGCCGGCGUGGUCUGCGAAAUCAUGAACGCCGACGGUACCAUGUCCCGGCUUCCUGAGCUGGAGCAGUUCGCCGCCACGCACGACCUCAAGAUCUUCAGCAUCGCCCAGUUGAUCGCCCACCGUCGGAUCAGUGAAUCCCUGAUCUCCCGUGUGGCGGAGGCCAAUCUCCCCACAAAGUACGGCGUCGCCCGGAUAAUUGGCUACCGCAGUUCCAUCGACAGCGGCGAGCACGCCGCGCUGGUCGUAGGCGACUGGAAGGCGGGAGACGAGGUGCUGGUCCGGGUGCACAGCGAGUGCCUCACCGGCGACGCGUUCGGUAGCCUGAAAUGCGAUUGUGGUGACCAGUUGGACCUGGCGAUACGGAUGAUCUUCGAACAUGGUCGCGGCGCCCUGGUCUACCUGCGCCAGGAAGGUCGCGGUAUCGGCCUCCACAACAAGAUCAAGGCCUACUCGCUGCAGGAUCAGGGCCUGGACACCAUCGAAGCCAACGUGGCCCUGGGCUUUCAGCCCGACGAGCGCAAGUAUGACCUCGCCGUCCAGAUCAUGCGCGACCUCGAUAUCACCCACGCGCGGCUGGUGACGAACAACCCCCACAAGAUGGCCGGCAUCAGCGGUCUCGGCAUCCAGGUGACGGAUCGCGUGAGCUUGGCGGUACCGCCAAACGAGACCAACGAGGAGUACAUGCGGACCAAGCGCGACAGCAUGGGCCACCUGCUAUCGUCCCUGCAGGCGAGCCCGCCCAACGUGUCUGCCUAG